CUCGGCGCAAUUUAUGUUUCUGAACACAGUCGCAUUCCUCUCGUUCGAACAACCAAAUCCUCAGUAUAUCGCCAUGACUGAGCCAGAGCCUCCCUCCGUUGCUGCUCUCAGCCUUGCCGAGACCGCGACUCAGCCCGUAGCGAAAGCGACCGAGCAAGAGAUCAAUCCGUGGGAUGUGCACGCGGCGACCGACGAGCAGGGCAACGUCUUGGAGUUUGACUACAAGGCCAUAUCAGAGAAAUGGAACACAAAACUGAUUGACGGUGCGCUGCUGGAGCGGUUCGAGCGGGUAACAGGCCACAAGCCCCACCGCUGGUUACGGAGAGGCUUGUUCUUCUCUCACCGCGACCUGGAACUCAUUCUGGAUGCAUACGAGAGGGGAGAGACGUUCCUUUUGUAUACUGGACGCGGCCCCAGUAGCGAUUCCAUGCACAUAGGACAUACGAUACCUUUCGAAUUCACCAAAUAUCUUCAAGAUGUCUUCGACGUACCGCUCGUCAUCAUGUUAACAGACGACGAGAAAUUCCUCUUCAAGGAGAAGCUAAAGCAAGAGGAAGUGUACCAAUUCGCGCGAGACAACGCAAAGGACAUCAUUUCCAUUGGCUUCGAUGUCAAAAAGACCUUCAUCUUCAUCGACUCGGAAUUCUUCACCUCAGGAUACAACCGCCACUUCAGCCUCAACAGCACCGAAUUCGAGAAACUCAUCACAAACAACCAGGUCCGCGGCGCCUUUGGAUUCGAUGGGUCCACCAACAUCGGCGCCAACGCUUUCGCCGCGAAACAGUGCGUGGCCGCCUUUGCGUCCUCAUACCCCUUCAUCUUCGGUGAGGAUCAUAAGACGUACCGCCGCUCGAAACAACUAGCAGCGAUGCCCUGCCUCAUUCCCUGCGCCAUCGACCAAGACCCCUAUUUCCGCAUCGUCCGCGAGAAUUGCUCGAGAAUGGACAACCCCAGUCCUAAACCCGCGCUCAUCCACUCCAAGUUCCUGACUUCGCUGCAAGGGGCGGGCGGCAAGAUGAGCGCCUCGAAUCCCAAUUCCGCGAUAUACAUGUCCGACACGGAAAAGCAGAUCAAGAACAAGAUUAACAAGCAUGCGUUUUCCGGAGGGCAGGAGACGCUCGAAUUACAUCGCGAGAAGGGCGGCAACCCGGAUAUCGAUGUGCCGUAUCAAUAUCUGACGUACUUCGAAGAUGAUGACGAGAAGAUUGCAAAGUUUGCCGAGGAUUACAAAAAGGGCAUCAUGUUGACGGGAGAGAUGAAAAAAGAGUGCAUAAACAUGAUGACGGCGUAUGUGAAGAAGUUCCAGGAGGCGAGGGCGAAAAUCACGGACGAGGUCUUGGAGGAGUACUUGCGGCCGAGGAAGUUGGAGUGGAGGGGGAAUCCAAAUCCUACGAAGCCGAAGACGAGUGCCACAGAGAAGGAGGUUGAUGGAGCACCCGCUGUGGAUGAGGAUGGCAAGCCCUUGACGAAGAACCAGCAGAAGAAGUUGGCGAAGUUGGCCGAGGUCGAGAGGAAGAAGCGGGAGAAGGAGGCUGCGGCGGCGGCGAAGGCAUCAUGAAAUAGGGGUGAUGGAUAGACAUGCGUAUUCCAUAGACGGAGAUUUUUAUCAAUAAAACGCUUGAUUUCGUGAAGGUGUAAUUCGACGAUCAU